AUGGAAGGCUUCUACCAGACAAACCGAGAGCUGGACAAUCAGCUUUCACAUCCAUCUGAGGACCAGCAACCAGGACACCUCCAGCCCAAUGUCUUAGCCAUGCAGGAUGCCUCGCUUACACCCCAGCUUCAGCAACAGCUUCAGCAGCAACCGCCAACACUACCCAACCACAUGAUUCCUAACCAGACUGUAAUCCCGGGCAGUCAAAUGGAUGGCGUGAUGCGCGAGGGACACAAUGAUAUGCAAAGACGAAGAAGCAUGCCCCAGGCCUACGGCACCGCCAUUGCCUCCACCUCGCAGGUUCCUCCACCUCGACGCAUGUCGACCAUCGGCCCCCCCAGAGACAUGAUGACAUUUGAUACCGGAGCAGCUGGGUUCGGCAGCUACCAGUUUAGCCCGGAAAUGGCACACCCCUUUGGCAUGCAAGAUCAGAUGGGCAACUACGUGACAGAUGCUGGGAGCUUCCCGGGCAUCCCCCAGGAUAUCAUGGGCACCAUGAUGCCGUCUCAAUUUGCGAGCAUGGAUAUGGGCGGGUUAACGGCCGAGACUUCUGCCAUAGAUCUAUUCCCUGGCACAAGUGCCCCAACAUCAGAUCUUACUGCUUCGACAAUCGCUAGCCAGCUGGAUGCCAGUCAACUCGCGCCCGGUGGCGAUGGCUUCGUCUUGGCGGGUAACCCUACCGGCGGAUCGCUAGGGAGACGCUCAAACAGCGGUCACAAAGGCAUGGCGAUGGUUCAUGACGAAAAUAUGAUAAAUGCCCCCCCUCCACCAUUCGCAUCCCUCAACGCUAGUCCUUCUCAUCUUGGUAUCGAAUCCGACAUGACGGGAUUUGGAGCAGCCAUGUCUUCUUCUCUCCCUGGGCCGGUAGCGAUCGGUCCAGCGCAGCAAAGCAAUGUCUCGAUGGAUAUGGGUCAGCCAGGCUCCGCUAGCCCUGCAACUCCGUUGCAGGCUUCAAAUUCCAGGGAUCAGUCCAAAGAAAAGACUAUUUACUCUAAGAGUGGUUUCGAUAUGUUGAAAGCCCUUUGGCUAGUCGCGACUCGGAAAAAUCCUAAAAUCCACCUCGGCGCCGUCGAUAUGUCCUGUGCCUUUGUCGUUUGUGAUGUCACGAUGAAUGAUUGCCCUAUAAUCUAUGUAUCUGAUAAUUUCCAGAAUCUGACUGGGUACAGCCGCCAUGAGAUCAUCGGACAAAACUGUCGUUUCCUUCAGGCGCCCGAUGGGAAAGUCGAGGCCGGCUCAAAACGAGAAUUUGUUGAUGACGGAGCAGUGUUUAAUCUCAAACGGAUGAUCCAGGAGGGCCGUGAGGUGCAGCAAAGCUUAAUCAACUAUCGAAAGGGAGGAAAGCCUUUCCUCAACCUCUUGACCAUGAUACCUAUACCAUGGGAUACCGAUGAGAUCAGAUACUUCAUUGGCUUCCAAAUUGACCUUGUUGAAUGCCCCGACGCCAUCUCUGGCCAAGAACUGGGCGGCGUCACAGUCAAUUAUAAACACAGCGAUAUUGGCCAAUAUAUAUGGACCCCGCCGGUGCCGAACCAGUUGGAGUCUGACAACGGACAGACGCUCGGUGUGGAUGACGUCUCCACGCUCCUACAGCAGUACAAUCCGAACGGGCUCGUAUCGGAUUGGCACAAGUCGUCCUGGGACAAGAUGCUUCUCGAGAAUACUGAUGAUGUGGUCCACGUCAUAUCACUCAAGGGCCUCUUCCUCUAUCUAUCACCUUCCUGCAAACGUGUCCUCGAGUACGAUGCCGCCGACCUAGUUGGCAACCCCCUGUCUUCGGUUUGCCAUCCUUCAGAUAUUGUACCAGUGACGCGGGAGCUGAAAGAUGCAACGACUGGCAGCCAGGUCAAUAUUGUUUUCAGGAUACGGCGGAAGCAGAGUGGGUAUACUUGGUUCGAAAGUCAUGGGUCAUUGUUUGUCGACCAAGGCAGAGGGCGAAAAUGCAUCAUCCUAGUCGGCAGAAAGCGGCCUGUGUUUGCCCUAGGCAGGCGCACUCUGGAAGCAAACGGUGGCAUUGGGGAUAGCGAGCUCUGGAGCAAAUUGUCCACUUCUGGAAUGUUUCUUUCGGUCUCGGCAAAUAUCAGGUCCCUUUUAGACUUACAGCCUGAGUCGCUGGUUGGAACAAGCAUACAGGAGCUGAUGCGGAAGGAAUCACGAGCCGAGUUUGGGCGUACGGUUGAAAAGGCUAGGAAGGGGAAAAUAUCUACUUGCAAGCAUGAAAUGCUCAACCGGCGCGGGCAAGGACUUCAGGCUCAAACCACCCUAUAUCCAGGGGACGCCUCCGAGGGCCAAAAACCGUCCUUCGUCCUAGCUCAAACGAAGCUAUUGAAAGCAUCAUCCCGCCACGCUCCAUCAACUCUAACCGCAAGCAACGCGUUGUAUGGCGCCAACUCUUUAAGGACUGACAUGCACGGUCAGGGAACCGCGCAUGGCGGCCAGAUUCUUCAGCCAGCAGUUGGAGCGCUUGCCCCAGGGUCUCAAGACGCAGCUCUGGCGUCCGACGACAACAUCUUCGAUGAACUUAGAACAACGAAAUGCUCAAGCUGGCAGUUUGAGCUGCGGCAGAUGGAGAAGAUCAAUCGAAUUUUAGCAGAGGAGCUGGGCGGCUUACUAUCGAACAAGAAAAAACGCAAGAGAAGAAAGGGGGUUGGGAAUGUAACCGGGCGAGUCUCUCCCCGCAAUUCUACGCGGGGCGGCCACAGCGGGAAUACUGACACCCAGAGCAAGAAAUCAGCGUCUCCAAUUCAUUCUUCGCCGCUAAACAGGAGUGAAACGCCAAACCAAGCGCAGAACAACAACGAAAACAACCCAGACCCAGCGCAGCUUGCGAAUAAGAUAGCCGCAGCUACCGCUGGCGUGGGCUCGGGGGCGGGACAACACCCGCCCUCCACCAUGCCGCCUCCCAGUCAAUCAUCUCUAGCUACUGGUGCUAUCAGCUCGGGAAUGGCAUCGAUACGGGAAGAGCGCGAAAAUAGCCAAACAUGA